AUGUUAGCUAUUCCGGCUAGCGUCAGCCUUUCCUCCCGCCCUUCUCCCGCUCCCCCGCUCCCCCCAGUCCCCUCUUCCUCCCUUCCUCCUCCCCCUUCCCUCCCCCUCCCCGCGGACUUUCUUGCGGCUGUAUUGAACAGGUCUCCGGACGCGCCUGUUGGGGCCCCACAGCUCCGCUCUCAACCGUCCUACAUUCAGCAGUUGAGCAGAGCAGCACAGAACAGGGUAAAGGGAAGUAGGGCAGAGCAGGGCGAUGCAGAGCAGGGCAAUGCAGAGCAGGGCAAUGCAGAGCAGGGCAAUGCAGAGCAGGGCAAUGCAGAGCAGGGCAAUGCAGAGCAGGGCAAUGCAGAGCAGGGCAAUGCAGAGCAGGGCAAUGCAGAGCAGGGCAAUGCAGAGCAGGGCAAUGCAGAGCAGGGCAAUGCAGAGCAGGGCAAUGCAGAGCAGGGCAAUGCAGAGCAGGGCAAUGCAGAGCAGGGCAAUGCAGAGCAGGGCAAUGCAGAGCAGGGCAAUGCAGAGCAGGGCAAUGCAGAGCAGGGCAAUGCAGAGCAGGGCAAUGCAGAGCAGGGCAAUGCAGAGCAGGGCAAUGCAGAGCAGGGCAAUGCAGAGCAGGGCAAUGCAGAGCAGGGCAAUGCAGAGCAGGGCAAUGCAGAGCAGGGCAAUGCAGAGCAGGGCAAUGCAGAGCAGGGCAAUGCAGAGCAGGGCAAUGCAGAGCAGGGCAAUGCAGAGCAGGGCAAUGCAGAGCAGGGCAAUGCAGAGCAGGGCAAUGCAGAGCAGGGCAAUGCAGAGCAGGGCAAUGCAGAGCAGGGCAAUGCAGAGCAGGGCAAUGCAGAGCAGGGCAAUGCAGAGCAGGGCAAUGCAGAGCAGGGCAAUGCAGAGCAGGGCAAUGCAGAGCAGGGGAAGAGGACACCUGGAAGCACUCAUCUGGACCAUGCUUCAAUGCACUCAUCCGGAUGCACUCAUCUGGACCAUGCUUCAAUGCACUCAUCCGGAUGCACUCAUCUGGACCAUGCUUCAAUGCACUCAUCCGGAUGCACUCAUCUGGACCAUGCUUCAAUGCACUCAUCUGGACCAUGCUUCAAUGCACUCAUCUGGACCAUGCUUCAAUGCACUCAUCUGGACCAUGCUUCAAUGCACUCAUCUGGUCCAUGCUUCAAUGCACUCAUCUGGACCAUGCUUCAAUGCACUCAUCCGGAUGCACUCAUCUGGACCAUGCUUCAAUGCACUCAUCUGGACCAUGCUUCAAUGCACUCAUCUGGACCAUGCUUCAAUGCACUCAUCUGGACCAUGCUUCAAUGCACUCAUCCGGAUGCACUCAUCUGGACCAUGCUUCAAUGCACUCAUCCGGAUGCACUCAUCUGGACCAUGCUUCAAUGCACUCAUCCGGAUGCACUCAUCUGGACCAUGCUUCAAUGCACUCAUCCGGAUGCACUCAUCUGGACCAUGCUUCAAUGCACUCAUCUGGACCAUGCUUCAAUGCACUCAUCUGGACCAUGCUUCAAUGCACUCAUCUGGACCAUGCUUCAAUGCACUCAUCUGGACCAUGCUUCAAUGCACUCAUCUGGACCAUGCUUCAAUGCACUCAUCUGGACCAUGCUUCAAUGCACUCAUCUGGACCAUGCUUCAAUGCACUCAUCUGGACCAUGCUUCAAUGCACUCAUCUGGACCAUGCUUCAAUGCACUCAUCUGGACCAUGCUUCAAUGCACUCAUCUGGACCAUGCUUCAAUGCACUCAUCUGGACCAUGCUUCAAUGCACUCAUCUGGACCAUGCUUCAAUGCACUCAUCUGGACCAUGCUUCAAUGCACUCAUCUGGACCAUGCUUCAAUGCACUCAUCCGGAUGCACUCAUCUGGACCAUGCUUCAAUGCACUCAUCUGGACCAUGCUUCAAUGCACUCAUCUGGACCAUGCUUCAAUGCACUCAUCUGGACCAUGCUUCAAUGA